CCAUUGGUAGUUAAUUAAAAAGGAGUAUUGAAUUGAACAAACUAAACGGGCAAGAGGGAACAGAACAACAGUAUACCUCCAUACAGAAUCUUCCCCAUCCAUCGGGGCGCUACUAGAAACUACGAUGGGCGCACCAGCUGUAGUUCCAUGGCGAUGGGUGAUUCUCCUAGUAAGGAUGGGCGUAAGUUUCGUGUUCUUUGGCGUCCUGAAAUCCAUGGGGUUGUUUAUAAAUGAGUUUGUUGAGUACUUUGAAUGCAGCACACGUGCAGCAGGUCUUGUCGUUAGCCUCCCAUUCACCAUUGGUAGUGGAACAGGGAUCCUCAUUGGAGUUCUACUGAAAAUAUUUGGAGCUAGACCGCUGAUGAUUAUUAGCGGUGCGGUUUUUGCUGUAUCUCUGAUCAUAGCCGCAGUGGUAUCGACAUCACUAGUCCACAUUGCUCUGUGUUUCAUCGUAGGCAGUUUGGGAUAUGCCAUGAUGCGAAAUGCUUCAGUCGCAGUUGUGUUGAAACACUUCCCGGAUAAUUUCGCCUCCAUGAAUGGGUUGAGUUUGAUAGGAGGCCCUUUGGGUAUGAUGGUCGUCCCUCCCGUGGUUCAGCAACUGAUCCAGCUGUAUGAUUGGCGAGGUGCUCUGGCUCUUCUCGGAGCUAUGUCGGCAAAUGUUUGCGUCCUCGCUGCUCUGGUAAGACCUCUGCGCACCAGAAACUCCUACACACCAAUAGCUGAUGGUGAGCCGAACUCUACAACUAACCCACCUCCCAACGAGUCACUUUGGCACAAAUUGAGACAAACGUUUGGAAUAAUAAGUGAGAAAAUUCACCUCAAAAUGUUCGUUGAUGCACCUGGAUUCGUCACCAUCCAGAUUGGUAGUUUCCUUGGGGGAGCCGUGUUCGGUGGUUGGCAUAUCUAUCUCAUUCCGAAUGGUAUUGCUCAGGGUUUCAAUGAGACAAUGUCAUCAUUCCUGGCUACUUUUGCCGCCUUUGGAAAUGUGUUUGGGCGCGUUUUGUCCGGAUUUUUAAUCGACCACGGACUGGGAAAAGCACACAAUCUACUCGCUGGGUCGGCUUUCCUGCUGGCCUUGGUGUGUCUCCUUGAUCCUAUCGCUGCACCAUCAUAUGAGGCAGUUGCUACCCUCGCCACUCUUGGCGGGUUUUUCUUUGGAAUCAGCUUUCCAUUAAUGUUCGUCUUGUCGGUUAAUAUUCAUGAAGAAAGAAGAGUGUCUGCCAUGGCUUGGAUGUUGUUCUUCACUGGUUUCGGUAUGUCAACAGGAGGUUUCGCAAUAGGUUGGAUAUAUGACGUGACUGGUGAUUAUGGAGUUGCUUUCUGCACGAUGGGAGUAAUUUCUGUUGUCAUUGGGUUGUUGUCAUUGACGUUGAGACCUACUUGCUUCUCAUGUAAAACUCAGGAUCGGGAGUAGGAUUGAAUGAACUCAAAGCAAAUAAUUUUGUUUAAACCUAAAACGAUUUUAAGGCUUUUGAAAAUUUUGAGUUCCGGUCUUGAGAGUCUCCUUAAUGACAAACCCAUCUCUAAUGCGUUUAUACCAUCGAAUUUUUGUUUGUCACACUGUGGUCUCAACGCAUGACGUGCUUGAUUGAACACAGCUACAUGAUUUCACUCAUCACUAUUUACCCACAAGUAGGUCGGGCAACAUUGAGGUUCAGGUUUGGGCAACAUUUAGGUCGGGCUACAUUUGGAUACAAAUUUGGUGUUUAAAGUUGUUCGGGCUACAUUUAGGGAUAAGUUUUGUUCUUGGUUGAGCUAAAACUGGGUUCAAAUUUUAACUACAUUCAGGUGUGGGUACAUUUGGGUACAAGUUUGGUGCUACAGCUAGGUAGGGAUACAUUUAGGUCGGGCGACAUCAAGGAUCAAGCUUGGGCUACAUUUAGGUUGAGCUACAUAUUGGUGCAGAUAUGUGGCUGCAAUAAAUAAAAAGGUCUGGCUACAUCUAGGGCUUGAGCUACCGUAAGGUACCACACACUCUUAUAUGCCCGUAUGGUGCACAUGUACGACUCGUUAUGAAAACAAUUUUGCUUUAUAUUGUUUUGUUUUUUGUUGUUUGUUUCAUCAAUAUUUAUAAGGUAGUGACGUUUUCACGCAUAAUAAAUUAAAGCAGUUAAUAAGGCUCGGCAGUGGUGAUUGACAUAUUUUAUUGAAGUUAAUUUUUUGAAUCAGAACUGGCAUGAACAUCGUCACACACUUAACCUAUUUUUAUUUUUUAAAGUCACCGUAAUAUAUGGUUUUGUUCGAAUGGUUGGUCCUAGUUCGGAUGGACUACUGCAUACCCUGCAGGGCAGACCAAGGACGUCAUCGGGCAAUUUGUUUUGUUUGUGUUUUUUUAUUUUAUUUUUGUUAUUAAUAAUAACAGUAUUUAUAAAGCGCCAAAUUGCAGUGUAACUUCAGUCAACUGCAGUUUAAUGUAUCUUAUUUUUUCUUUUGCAUUUAUUUCAUGGAUUUUUACCCUGUUCAAAACUUAACUGACGUGUUUUAUUGUUAAUUUGUUU